AUGGCCCAAACACCAGCUCAGCGGAGAGCAAACGAGAAGCAUGCGAAAGGCGUGGAAAAGCGAAUGGGCAAGCCGGAGUCCGCCUACAAGAAGAAAGAAGUCAAGAAAUCUCCCGUCAGCAUGGCAGUUGUUGCUCUUCUCGUUUUUGUGGUCAUUGCCCCAAUCAUCAUCGAGCAGUUACGGCUGGUACCACCGAUUUGGCAGUUCUUCGUGAAUCUUCUGGCCAAGAUUGGUCUGGUGUCAAAGUGA